UCGCACAUGCGCAGUACAAAUCGGGUUUCCGGGACGGAUCGGGUAGCAACAGUGUCCUCUGUUUGCCUUCCUCAUACCACCCAUAAUACUACACUUCCUAGUACUGUUGGAUUUGUAUUCAAUGAAAUAAGUAAUGGGAAACAGACCGAGUUACAUUGUAGCCCCGCUGUCUGUAUGUUCUCUGUACUUAUUUUAUGUUCACAUUUACUGCGCUCAUAGGCGGCUAAAAGCUAACGCAGUCAGCAGCGACAAACUUCCCAGUGUUGUGUAUCUGUACCUCAGAUAUUGUACCAGAGUUCUCACCCGGAGAACAGGUCGCCUAAAUGAAUCAGCUGCUGCACACAGGAGUGAUCUUGUUUACACGAUCCUCAACUGCAGGCUGGAGACUCUGUUGUUGAGGAGAUUCUGCAGAGCUGCAGGUUAUGGUUGGGAUUAUCCAGACACUGAAUACAGAGACAUCCCGCUGUGUUUCCCAGAGUUCCUCUGUGGCAGACUGCUGCUUAUGUUGCUGACUGAUGAGAACUUCGGACUCAACCCAGCAGGUCUGGUUCGUGUGCGUCAGAGUUUGAAAACCUUUGAGCCUGUUGAUGAGCUGAAGAAGGGUCCGUUCAUGCUGCAGGCGCAAGUCUUGUCCUACCAGCAGACUGAUGCAGGGGUGGAGGUGGACGUCUGUCUGUCUGCCACUUCCCGUUCUGGAUGCCCAGUGUGGGAGAGUGUCCUGACUCUGCUCUCCGAAAACAAGCUUCACAAAGCCAGCACACACUUACCGAGGAAUGACAGCAAAAAUGAGCAGCGUUUUGGUGAUUUCUGCUCAAAACUGUUUGCAUUUUUACACCAGGAAAAAUAUUACUGCCUUCCUCUUAAAGUGGCAACAUUGCAUUUAUUGUUUACUUUGAUCACCAUAACAUACAUGGGUUUCUUUGUUCUGGCAGGCCAUCCACCAGAUGAGCCAGAAAAUGUGAAGCAGGUAGAGCUCAGAGUUCCCAGGACUGUGGAGCUGCGGUGUCCAUGGUCCUUCUCUGACUACUCCCCCCGUCGGCUCCUUUCUCUGCCAGCCAGGUUCUUCGGCUACAGAUCGCAGGCAACACCAAGUCUCUGGAUGCUGUCUGUUUGCUUGGCUGAAAUAGAAAAGCACAAAGGUGUUGACAUCAUCACAGCUCCUGUCAGCAUCUCUGUCCAGUUUAAGGAGCCUCUGUUGGUACCAGGAAAAGUAACAAUCAGUUUUUGGGAGGAAGUCAAAGAUGGGGCUCAGUCUUCAGCCAGAGGUCUCAACUUCCACAUGGAGGAACAAGCAGGCAGCAUGUCUCACAUCCUGGGACUUAUUUCUAGAUCAUAAUCAGCAGAGAAGGUUGGCAUUUGUUGUUCUGCCUAAAUACAUUAAAAUGCAGAUUUUUCUGUCUGGACAUUACAGUGUAUCUAUGUAAAGUAAGAAUGAGGCAACCCUGUUCAAGUAUCUUCUCAUUAGUAAAUAAACAUAAUAUUGUCUUGCUGA